UGUAGCUUUUUAAUGGAGUUUCUAUAAAGGAGUUGUAGUAAACAAUUUGUGUCAAAACUUUCACAAGGUUCAUUUUUGUUGUUAUCGUUCGUCUGCACGUAGACUUAAAGAAUUGUAAACGAGCUGGUGAAAAUGGACAACAACCGUUUUAUAUCUCGACUACACCCUCUUGCAGCGGCUCGUAAAUCUAUACACAACACUGUUCCGUCUGAAAUGCAUCGGUCAACCAAUACCAUUCGACGAUGCGCAACCAAAAUCACCUCAGACGAGCAACGUGCCAAAGCUCGUGAACAUCAAAAGAGAUGGAGAGAAAAACUCAAAACUGAUGUAGCCAAAAGUGCCGAAUAUAGAGAGAUGCAGCGAGAAAGGACCAGGAUGUGGAAGGAGAAAAUGAGAAUCAAUGAGGCAGAAAGAUUUGGAGAGAUCAGCAAGCGGCAUCAGGAACAAUGCAAAAAGUGGUGGGAUAAGCUGACUCCAGAGCAGAGGAGGGAAAAGAGGAAGCAAUAUAAUCUCAAGUGGCGACAGAAUCAAAAGAAGGGGGAUAGUGACUCUUCUGACAGUAAAGAGACAGAUACAUGGCAAUCAUAUAAGUCGUACAAUCAAGCCUUGUCAGAAAAUGAUUCAGGGCCUAAACCUGCAACUCCACUACCACCCCCUGAUUAUUAUUCCAAAAGUAAUGGACCAGUGUUCAAUGUUGUGUCUGGCAGUGUAGUAUAUCCUUUCUCCUAUUUUCCUUUCAGAUGCCAGAUACAAGAUUCCGUUCAAAGAGGAACCGCUUCAUAGAAACACUUGGAUAUUGCAAGCUUUUCCUUUCGGGGGUCGUUAAAUUAA